UACAUGGAUGAAGAGAUGAUUUUUGUUUACGACUUGUUGGAUCAAUUCUCGGAGUUCAUAAUACUAAACCUUUCCUUUAUUCGUAGACACAAAAACCUUCCAAAAGAUGUGAACGAGGCUAUUUCGACCCUCAUCUUCGCCUCAGCAAGAUGCAGCGAUCUUCCAGAACUUAGGCGCGUCAGGGACCUCUUCAACAAGUGUUAUGGUCACAAGUUUACCACCUCCGUACUUGAAUUGCACCCUGAAAACCAUGUUAACUGUCAGAUGAAAGACAAGUUAACCCUACUAUCAGUUUCCGAAGAAAAAAAGAACAGAUUGUUGAAUGAAAUAGUGAAAGAUUUCUUCUAUAAACCAAUGCAGUUAGCACUUGACUACAAGCCAGAUUCUCAAGAGCAAUCCCCAAAGGUUACUGAAUUAUAUGAGAUUGAAGGGCAAGAAACAUCUGUCAAGGAAAAUAUUAGCACUUCCAGUAGCUGUUCUGUUGUGCUGCAAUCUUCCCCCUCCACUGCUGUGACUUCGAAACUAGCAGAAGUGCACAAGUGUGCGCAACUGAUCAGUAAUCCUUAUUAUGAGUAUGAAAUGAGUGCUACUGAUGUAAGGAGAGUUGAAAUAGCUGGCUGUUCUUCAGAAAGCUCAAGUGGUCAGUACUACUCUGAUCAGGAUUCAUUUAUCUACCUGGAUGAUGUGCAAGAGUUCAAAUCACCUACCAAACAAGGGAAAGGCAUGCACUGUGUGGAUCAGGAUCAAAGAUUUUUCAUGUUCGGAUCAACUUCAUCGUUUUCUAGUAGGAGAUCAGUAUCUAAGGAGAAACAGAGUUUAGACGACCUUCAACCUGAGAUUUAUUACAGUCAUAGGCCCAACAAUAGUCGGAGGAAGUAUCAGAAAGAAGUAGUUGAUCAGAAUGGUAUAAAGGUUGCAUCAAGUGAUUGUAGCUUAGACCAACCAUGCUAUUUUUACACCAAUAACAGCAAUGCAAUUAUGUUUCACAAGGGAAAGCAAGGAGUCGAAAAAGUGUCCGAGUACCAAGUUGAAGGGGAGGAAAUCCUAGAAAUGGGAUUAACUACUACUAGUCCUGAUGUGCCUCGAACAUCCUUUGAUGAUUAUAUGGAUAGCUUUUCGCCUACGAAUUGUUGGGCUGUCGUGCCCUAUGUUAAGGCAGCUGUAGCAUUGCCUGCGACUCAGGAAAUGGAGAUAAUGAAGAGUAGAGUAGAUCAAACAAUUUAUAGAUCGAAUUCUGAUCUGCCGGUAGAGGAGGACGUUCAUAGUGGUAAGAAUUCAGCUUCUCCAAAGCAUGUACACCCAAAGUUGCCAGAUUAUGAUGAGAUAGCAGCCAAGUUUAUGGCACUUAAGAAGGUUCAUCAACAAAAACAAACAAGUUUGCAAGUUCGUUGAUUGUGCCAGCACCGUUAACUUUUAUGAUGUUUUGGCUUUUCAUUUAUACCUUAGUUAUUUCUCCUGUUUCCGUAAUUAUUGUUUUUCAGGUAACUGCUUUUUGGAAUUAGUCCAGAUUUUUUUACUU